CUCAUAUACACCCUCUGUCGACAUUUCAGCACUGGAUUGGUGUGGGACAGCUCCCGUUCUCCUUGUUGCUGGGAUUACUGUUUGAUUGUUGACAGUGGAUUGUCUGUCUGCCUGCCUAUACCACUGGGCCUGUGGAUUUGCAGGCUCUGAGAGCUUCUUCUCAUAAUGUUGCUGCAGUAGCAGUGCUAGGAUUGGCUUUUCUCUCUCUCUUACUCUGCCGUCCCUCCAUGAGAGGCAGUGUGCAGUCCCAGGGCUGGUGGGGGGAGCAGGUGCUAUCCUCUCUCUCUCUCUCUCUCUCUCUCUCUCUCUCUCUCUCUCUUUCUCUCUGAGCAGCAGCAGUGUCUCUGGCAUGAGCGUUUGCAGCGCGAUGUUGGUGCAUCUGUGAGCCCAGAGUAAAGGAAAAUGAAUAAAUGAAAUAACGAGGGCAGAAAAUAAUAAGAAAACAAGAAUAAAAACAGAGACAGGGUGAUCACAGAAGAAUAUUAAUAAAGCAAGAAGAAGGAGAAAGCUCUUGGAUAUUCUCUCUGUGUCUGUCUGCCUCUCACUCUCCGUCACUGUGGUGGAAUGUAGCAGCGUACGGCAGGAUUUUUUUCUUCUCUUGAAAUGACAGUCAACGGAAAGACUGACAUACUGUGCCGGAGAGCCGUGGCAACCCAAGCAGCAGGACCAGGAGAGCAGAGGGAGGCAGAGCACUGAGGAGGUGCGAAAGAAUAGGGGGAUUCAGACCCCCAGCUGCUUAGCUUGUUGGUCUGUGUGCUUUUUUUUUCUGUGCUGCUGCAACUGCUAUUGCUGCUUGGGAAUUAUACAACUCAGGAGCUGCUCGGGAAAGGUAGGCACGAGUGGAAAGUGAACGAGUGUUUUUUUGGAAUUCACUGGGAAUGAGCUGAGUCAGCGUUGAAUCUAAGCUGCAGUAAAGAGCCCCCACUGAUCCUUCGAAUGAGGGAGUGAGAGAAGGAGGAAGAAAAUCAAGAAAACAACAUUAAGAAAAUUAAAAUGGUUUUAUUUCUUCAGUAGAGGCGAUGUCUAGCUGCGAACUGACUGCAACUCCCCCAGAGGAAGGAUUUACAGAUUAUAUUUAAAGAUAUUAGAUAUAUCUAUCUAUAUAUAUUUUUGGAAAUAUAUAUUUUGUUUUGCCUGGGAUUAAAAUUUCUAUACUGUACUGUGUUUUGUUUUUAUCCGGGGCUUCAUUAUUUUUCCUUCAAAACAAAAAAUCUUAAAUAUAUUUAUUCUGUAUUUCUAUUUCUACACACUCUCCUCCCCGCUCUCUCUGUCUAUUUCUGCUGCUCCUCGAUGCCUAGUAUUGCUUGUUGCCCCUCUGCUCAGUCCUGCCCAUGCGCCACUUCCCCCUACCCCAGGGGUUAACCCUUUCUGCUCCAGCAGGAUGAGCGAGGCUGUGACGCCUGCUUUGUCGGGGGCUGUGAUCUCAGAGGAUCCAGAGGGGGCUGCAGGGGGUUCUGAGCAGCCCUCCCCCCCUGAGCCUGGACCCCUGCGCUGUGGCAGCUGUGCCCUGUGGCCCCGGCAGCAGACCUGGCUGUGCGUGGUGCCCCUGCUCAUUGGCUUCAUCGGCCUGGGCCUUAGCCUCAUGCUGCUCAAGUGGAUCGUGGUGGGCUCGGUCAAGGACUACGUCCCCACGGACCUGGUGGAUGCCAAGGGGAUUGGGCAGGACCCCAUCUUCCUAUCCAAGCCCAGCACCUUCCCCAAAAACUCAGAGACUACUACAGCCACAGUAGCCAGCAGAACUCAACCUGGGCUGGGAAGCCACAGCACCACCACAGCCUCCAGCGCUGGCGCGGUGGGCCCUGCCGGCUCCGGCAGCUUCACGCCACGCCCCCCCAACCGCAUCAGCACCCGCAUCACCACCACCACCACGCGGACCCCCAGGCUGCUGCCCCCAGGGGGCCGGGGAGUGACCCCACGAGGCACCACGGUCCGCAGAGUGACCACGGGCACCAGUGCCGGGACGGAAUCAGUGGUGCCCACAGCUGCAGUAACCCCAACGAUGGAAGCUCGCCAGGAGCCCACUGCCCCGCCCUCGCCCUCGCCCUCAGGGCGCUUCUACCUUCACGAUUCGACAGCUGUGUGGACCCUCGGUCACUUUCCAGCAGAGAGCUCGCCCGCCGUGCCCACUCGACCCCCCCUGCGCACCAAAACACAUGCCCCCACCUCCCCUCCUGAGCGCUCGGAGCACUUCAAGCCAUGUCGAGACAAGGACCUGGCCUACUGCCUGAACGAGGGAGAGUGCUUUGUCAUCGAGACCUUGACAGGCUCACACAAACACUGCAGGUGCAAAGAGGGGUACCAGGGGGUUCGCUGCGACCAGUUCCUUCCGAAAACCGACUCCAUCCUCUCCGACCCAACAGACCAUUUAGGGAUUGAGUUUAUGGAGAGUAAGGAGGUGUACCAGAGGCAGGUGCUGUCAAUCUCCUGCAUCACGAUUGGGAUCAGUAUCCUGGGCACGCUCUGUGUCGCCUUCUACUGCCGCAACAAGAGACGGAAGGAGAAGCUCCAAGCUCACCUGAAAGACAGCCACAGCCUCAAGAGCUACAGCCUCAACGCCUCCAGCCUCAUGUCCAAAUCCACCUUCAAGCCUCAGAGUUAUUGCAAGGCUCCUGUGCCCUCCCCUGCACUAGGGGGCAGUGUUCAUGAGUCCAGUUUCUCGCAUGGCGGGGGCACAGAUUUCACAGGAGGCCGAUCCCCCCACACCAGGAUUUCGCAGAGGGUGAAACAGCACAGGAGCAGCUCACUGUCUCACAGUCCGGACCAGCAAAGCCGAGCCACACACAGACUCACCCCUCGCAGGACACCGCCCCCUCUACGUGGGAGACUCAAUCCUAUUGGAGGAGCCAGGGAUUCUGGGCCCGCCUACCAGCACCUGCAGGAGGUGGAGCCAUCAGAGAAGGAGGUGGUGCAGGAAGGGCACUACUCAGUAGGCGGCACCCCCCCACUACACCCCCAGGAUGUUUUCUUAAAUAUGCAACCCCCCCUCUGUGCUUCUGCUUCAGGGGCUGGAGGGGCGAAGCCUGAACUGCAGUGCAGCCUAGAUCCCCAGAGAGCCUGGUCUAUCCCUAUCAUCCCCUCUGUCCAGGGCCCUGAUGACCCUUCCUGUAUGCAAACGAGCAGAGAGCGAGGGGACAGGGGCUGUGCCUCAGCACCAGGGAGCUCCGCCCUCUCUCUCAGCCCUGUGCGCUCCCCAGCUGCAUUACCACCCACUGGCCAGCAGCAGGAGGUGGCGCUGUUGCUCCACACUGCUCACGAGCAGCUCAGGGUGCUGGCAUACGCUCACAGGAAGUGUGAGGACUGCAGUCUGGUCCUCCCAACCAGCUUCAUGUCACUGGCUAUAAAAGGAGGAGGUGUGGCCAAACCCACCCCUGCUGAGACCCAAUUGGUCCAUCCCAGAGGUCCCCACAAAGACAACUCUUCCUGUCAGUGAACCAUAAAGAGGUGUAGCUGAUCUGAUCUUGGACCAAUCGUACUGCAGAGGAGGAGUUUCAAAAUGUGACUGCAGAAACAACAUAUGGGAACAAGCAAAUACAAAAAAAACCUUUAAAAACUCAAACAACUGACAAAUGGAAGAAAUGAAAAGACAUACAGAUGGAGGUUCAAAACAAAAAAGAGAAAUUAUUUAUAUGCAUUUAUUUAAAAUGAGAAGCAUCUACUUAGAAAGAAAACCAAAUAGUCUAUCAUCUCCAUGGUGUUUUUAAUUGUUAAAAAAAGUUAAAUGUAAAGAAGUAAAAAAAACACAAAUGAUAAAAGUUUGAAUUUUUACAAGUAAACAGUUAUGAAACUCACUUCAAACUGCCUGCCAUUCUCCCUCAAUCUGUACCCCUGUGUAAUGUAACAGAGUCCCCAGCUCUCCCUCAAUCUGUAAUAGAGCCCCCAACUCUCCCUCAAUCUGUAACAGGGCUCCCAACUCUCCCUCAAUCUGUAACAAAGCCCCAACUCUCCCCCAAUCUGUAACAGAGCCCCCAACUCUCCCUCAAUCUGUAACAGAGCCCCCAACUCUCCCUCAAUCUGUAACAGAGCCCCCAACUCUCCCUCAAUCUGUAACAGAGCCACCAACUCUCCCUUAAUCUGUAACAGAGCCCCCAACUUUCCCUUAAUCUGUAACAGAGCCCCCAACUCUCCCUUAAUCUGUAACAGAGCCCCCAACUCUCCCUUAAUCUGUAACAGAGCCCCCAACUUUCCCUUAAUCUGUAACAGAGCCCCCAACUCUCCCUCAAUCUGUAACAGAGCCCCCAACUCUCCCUCAAUCUGUAACAGAACCCCCACCUCUCCCUCAAUCUGUACCCCACUGUAACAGAGCCACCACCUCCCCCUCAAUCUGUACCCCUCUGUAACAGAGACCCCACAUCCCCCUCAAUCUGUACCCCUCUGUAACAGAGCCCCCAACUCUCCCUCAAUCUGUAACAGAGCCCCCACCUCUCCCUCAAUCUGUACCCCUCUGUAACAGAGCCCCCACCUCCCCCUCAAUCUGUACCCCACUGUAACAGAGCCACCACCUCCCCCUCAAUCUGUACCCCUCUGUAACAGAGACCCCACAUCCCCCUCAAUCUGUACCCCUCUGUAACAGAGACCCCACAUCCCCCUCAAUCUGUACCCCUCUGUAACAGAGCCCCCAACUCUCCCUCAAUCUGUAACAGAGCCCUCACCUCCCCCUCAAUCUGUACCCCUCUGUAACAGAGCCCCCACCUCCCCCUCAAUCUGUACCCCUCUGUAACAAUGCCCCCAACUCCCCUUCAAUCUGUACCCCUCUGUAACAGAGACCCCACAUCCCCCUCAAUCUGUACCCCUCUGUAACACCUCUCCCUGAUGAAAUGCACAGUUCAUUCCCCUUCCUGAAUUGGGGUGACUCUGUACACCCUUUUUUCUUCCUUUCUUCCUGCUUGACCUUUGUCCUCUGCCUGAAAAUCCUACUAAAAGAUUUGCGGCUGGCAGGUUCAGGGUUUCGAUUGGCUAAAAUUGAUCUAUCAGCAUUGUGUGUAUUUAAUCAAUUUGUAUUUUCUUAAAACCCUUAUUCCCAGCUGAAUGUUGGAUUGUGUUAAUAUUUUACAACCCCCCCCCCCCCCCCCCCCAAGUUAAAACUCAUAGGACGCCUGUAGGAAGUUUGAUUGAAAUGUCUGAAUAGAACAGGACAAUUCCACAGGCGCUGUAUUUUUUGGAUUAGUUUUUACCUUUGAGUGUGUCCAUGCUGCACACUGUGGCUGUAUCAUCCAUAACUAUUAAACACGCCAUAGAGCUACAUUUAGAAAUACUGAAACAAAAUGACUGCCCAGCGUAGCACAGAUACUGUCGCUCCUGAAUGGCUUCACUCAGAGAGUUUAACCAAUCAGAACCCUGGACUCAACGACAUGACAGAAGUGUUGGAGACGAGCCCCGAGAUCUGGGCACUGUGAGGGAGUGCUGGAGAGAGUUUCUAUUCUUUUAUGUUUUUAAAAACUGAAGGUGUCACGAGGCUGCUAUCUCAUACACUGAGGGGAGGGGGUGCCAGGGCUGUGCAGUAAAUUCAGAGUCAGGACGUUCCCUUAACGAGAACCCAUUCAGAUUCUCAUAAAACUGCCAGGCACCCUGGAGAACAAGUUUUUUCAUCGCCACUCAAUUAAUCAAAGCCACAUGGUUUUUAAAAUAUAGGGCACGAAGCCCAUUACAGUCUAAGGGAAACUAUAGCAUUUUAAAUGGGAUGUGCUUUUAACCUCACAAUUAUAGAGGCUGAAAAGAGGAACAAAUAAAUUAACAAAUAUCCCUGUGUAUUGGCUGCUGCCACCCAAAGGAGCUCAUCAGAUUUCUUUUUAGUCACACUUCAGUUUAAGGAUCGAUUUAUAAAAAAAUCUAUAAGCUUGUUAUCAAAGGUGCAAGAAGGAAUCACAGCUUAUUUCAGUGCUGUUUUCAUGAGACUUGCUGUCAUCUUAUUCAUUAUCCAGUUUCAUACAACACCUUCUUUACAUGUUCUUAUAACACUGCAUUGUUACAGCCUUGAUGUAUUAUUAAUGACAGCAGUCUAAUAUUGUUUAAAAGCACCUUUGUAACACACUCAGAGAGGUUUUAUAGAUUACACAUAUCCUCAAACUGAAGUUAUGUUAAUAACAAUGUAAUUACAUGUAAACUGAAGCCUGAAGUCUUGACAUCAUAUUUAAUUCAGAUUAAAAAGCAACGGAUCCUGUGUGUUCAUGACCACGCCCACCCUGUUACUGAGGGAUCAAUGCUGGGUCUGGGGUUUGCUAUGGAUUGUUUUCUAUAUUAAUGUUGCGUUCAUAUGUAUUCAAUUGUAAUUAUUUAGAAACUACUUUGUAAUUACAUUAUUAUAAC